AUGGCUGUGCAACUCUCGGAGUGUUCAUCGAACAUGAAGAAUUACAAAUUGAUUGUGAUUAAUUCUUUACGAAUUCUUCAGAUAUUCAUUUAUCUAAUGCAUGUUUUACAUAAAACUAAAGAAAUGAUGUACCUCCACUUUUCAUUGUUAAUAUUAGCAUUGUUAUUGGUACUGUCGACUCAAGGAUACCGGAUUUUGUGUAUAUUCCCUUUCAAUGGAAGAAGUCAAUUUCAUGUGACGGGAGCGCUGUGUAAAGUUUUAGCGCAACACGGUCAUCAGAUUGAUAUGAUUAGUCAUUUUCCAUCUAACACUCCCAUAGCGAAUUAUACGGAUAUAGUGAACCUGCAAGGUACCAGAAAGGCCGUUGUCAAUAGUUUCACUCUAGACUUUGCGAAGGAGAUUAAUGCUGCGGUAACAUUUCAUAUUGCCACCACCUAUGGAAGUGAUUUGUGUACCCUGAUGGGUCACGAAAAGAUGCAAAAGUUCAUCAAGAAUCCACCUAACGAUCCGCCUUACGAUCUAGUUAUCACGGAGUAUUUUGGCUCAAGUUGUUACUUUGGGUUUGGUCGAUUUUUGAACAUACCAAUAAUAGGCGUCGUGGCGAGUUUGGAAUUUGCUUACAUGAACGAAGUUAUAGGAAAUCCCAUGAGCAGCUCUUUCUUUCCCGGUUUUUUCGUGGAAUAUCCCGUGCUUGUGAAUUUUUGGCAGCGAUUGUCCAACACGAUUGAAAAUUUCAUUCAGCCACGCAUAUUUAAUUACUAUUCAUCACCUCAAACUGAUGCGAUGAGAAAGUACCUGCGACAAGAUAUGCCAGAUGUUCGGGAAAUCGAAAAAGACCUGGCGUUAGUGUUUGUAAAUAGUCAUUAUUCCUUCCAUGGAAUUCGACCCGUUACACCCAGCUUUAUCGAAAUUGGAGGACUGCAUGUGGAAAUGGAUCGAUCUCAAUUAACCUCGGAAUUACAAGAAUGGAUGGACGACGCAGAUGAUGGCGUGAUAUAUUUUUCUUUGGGUUCUAUGGUUAAUAUCGAAACGAUGUCAAACAGUUCUCUAGUGGGAUUGUACGAUUCUUUCAGAAAAAUUACGCCCAUUAAAGUAUUGAUGAAAAUUGCAAAUAGAGACCAGUUGCCUCCUGGUCUCCCCGGUAAUGUCAUGACAUCUUCAUGGGUACCACAGAUGGCAAUAUUGAAACAUCAAAAUAUACGGAUAUUUAUAUCACAUGGCGGCAUGUUGGGAUCCCUGGAAGCAAUUUACAAUGGCGUACCUGUGAUAGGUAUACCUUUGUUUGCAGACCAAUUUCGAAAUAUUAACGUUUUCGUGCAUAAGGGUAUGGGUAUUAAAUUGCGCUACGAAGAUAUAUCUGAAAAAGUGAUGGAUGCUGCACUCGACGCUGUGUUAAAUAAUCGCAACUACACAGAGAAUGCGAAACGCGAGGCUUUAUAUUUUAAGGAUAGACCAAUUACAGCGCGAGAAGUAGCGAUCUUUUGGACAGAAUACGUGAUCCGCAACGGUCCAAACGUUUUACGUUCUCCAACCAUGGACAUGCCGUGGUGGCAGACAAAUCUGAUAGAUGUUUACGGAUUUUUAAUAGCGUGUAUCAUAAUUGCAGUAUAUUUCUUAUCAAUGAUCGUUAAAGUCGUAAUGAACAUUUUCUUAGGAAAGAAAAGUAUCUUGAAAACAAAUAAGCUAAAGAAAUAUUAA